UCGGGAACACAAUAUAUACGCAAAGGUCAAAGCCCAUCGUCAAAUAGUUAGGGGUUGUAUGCUGGAAAUUAUGGUAACGACCCAUGUAUCUCCCCUAUGAGUCAAGCUCGUACUUUUCGGCAGUGGGGAUUCGCUGGAGUAUCACAUUUGCUAGAAGAUAGUUCGCAAUUUUCAGCCUUUGGCCGAGCUGUUGUUAGUUGGAGGAAGAGUUUGAAAUACAAAAGACUAUCCAUGCACCUUCUAAAUAGAGCAUAUGGAAAGCUUUGAAUGGUCAGCUUACGACUAGGUGACAAGCUUUCAUUGAGGUCGGUUCGCCUCCUCAGGUUGUUCCGAGCUGUUUCACAUAGCAUAGAAACAAUUAAUGGAUCUAAUCCAAUAACUGAUGUUUAACAUAACUCACAUACAGCCAAUCACUUGAUAAAAACUCCAUUGACUACUAGCCAACCAAAACAGGCUAUGAAUAUAACCAAUUUGUAAUUUAAUUUGACUUGGGCUCCGACCAAAUAACAAGCGUAAAACAAAGCAAUCCAAGCUUGAGUGCCGGAUCAGAUCAAUAGAGUUCGAUCGAGCUCGGGCUCACAGUACGGCAUCUCGUUGAUAAUAGAACCCUGGUAAAACCCUCCACAGGCUUCCUUCCGAGGACGCAGAGCACGACCCCCAUCAUACAGAUGCCGCCGCCGCCGCCGCUCCCAUCGCCCCUCCGCCGCCACCUCCGGUGGUCUCCGGGGGCCCAGCAGAGCCGCACGUUCGUGGACGCCCGGGUGAAGUGGAUCCGCGACCGCGGCCUCGACCACGCCAUCGAGAAGGAGAAGCACCUCCAGCCCUUCCACGCCCUCAAAGACCUCCUCCUCUCCUCCUCCUCCUCCCCCUCCCUUCCCUUAGCCACCAUCGCCGCCCGCCGCGACGAUCUCCGCCUCCCCUUCCGCGCCAUCCGGUUCAUCCGCCUCUUCCCCUCCGCCUUCCUCGAAGAGUUCCCUUCGCAGUCCUCCACCGCCGCGCCUCCCCGGCCGGUCAUCCGCCCCACGCCUGAGCUCCUCCGCCUUCACGACGACGAGCAGUGCGCCCUCGCCGCCUGCUGCGCCGAAACCGCCGACCGCCUCCUCCGCCUCCUUAUGCUUGCCCCCGGCCGCCGUCUCCCCCUCCGCCUCAUCGACCGCCUCCGCUGGGACCUCGGACUCCCCCCCGACUACCCCCGCUCGCUCCUCCCUUUCUAUCCCGACUACUUCCAGAUCGUCCCUUCCUCCACCGCCGCCGGCGUCGACUCCGGCGUCCUCGAUCUCGAGCUCGUAUGCUACAGAAAGGACCUCGCCGUGUCGGCCAUGGAGCAGUACGCGAUGAGGACCGGCGGGUACAAGAAGGGCAUGCCGCUCGCCUUCCCGCUCCAGUUCUCCCGGGGCUUCGAGCUGGAGAAGAAGGUGAGGAAGUGGCUGGACGAGUGGCAGAAGCUCCCCUAUAUCUCGCCCUACGAGGACGGGUCUCACCUUGCGCCAAAGAGCGAUCUUGCAGAGAAGUGGACCGUGGGAGUGCUCCAUGAGGUUCUCCGCUUGCUUGUUCCAAAGAAGACCGAGAAAGAGAACUUGAUUCUGCUCGGAGAACAUCUCGGGCUGCCACCAGGAUUCAGGAAGGUGAUCACGCAUCAUGCGGGCAUUUUCUAUGUAUCAAAUAAGCUCAGGACGCAGACUGUUGUCCUCCGGGAGGCGUAUAGGAGGGAUUUGUUGGUCGAGAAGCACCCCCUGAUGGGAUUGAGGUAUCAGUACAUUCACCUUAUGCACAAGGGCAAGGAGACUGGUAGCAAGAGCAAGGACAGGAAAAGAAAAAGGAAUGCUUCACGGGUUAUAGAUGAUUAUAAAAUUAAAGACGAAGAUGAAGAGGAAGAGGAAGAAGAAGAAGAAUAUGAUGAUGAAGAUGAGGAGGAGGAGGAUGAGGAUGAGUUAUCAGCGGCUUCUGAUGUUGAUACAGAAGAAGAGGAAAGUGAUGAUGAAGAUGAGCAUAGUAAUCGCUCUGUUGCCCGAGAGAAUAAUUUGCCUCGAGGAGGAGCAUCUCGGCCUGUUAGGAGUAAGAAAACUAUGAUGAUGAGAUCUUCUGUUUGAGCUAGUCUUGCACGUCUUUGAAUUUUGUCUAGGAGAACAGAGAGUGAGAUUGCAUCAACUCGUAAAUUAUUCAGAAGUUAUCUUCGAAGAGAGAGGAUUUAUACAUUGUCUCACUUUGAGUUCUAGGCCUCUCCGAAACAGAGAAGAAUGGCUACUCUCUUGACAGAUUUUUGAAACUGAGAUUGCUGAUGAGGACAUGGACAAUAUGGACUCUGGUGUCCUACUUGCUUUAUUAGUUUUCAUAUUCACAAAAGUUGCUCCUCGAAGCUACCAUCUCAAACUAUUGAGCAACAACUUAUGUUCUUCCUGAUGGAAGGGUGUUUGAAGAUCAGCUUCAUUCUCUUUUGGAGUUUUAGAAAACUGAUGCUGCAAAGACUCAGGGAAAUAGGGGCUUUUCUGGCGCAGCAUCAUCAUAUGCACUGUCAGAGCUGUCUUCAAUCCAAGCAGUUCCUAGCAUCUAGUCCAACUUCUGAAGCUAUGAAAAGGUCACAACCUCUCCUGUUAUAUACUCUAUGGCAGGUUUGGCUUUCUUGGAAUCUAGAUAUCUUCCAACAUGAACUUCAGCUACCCUUUUCUGUUUUUCUUCGUGCUAUAUAUCUCAUGAAUGAGUUCUGGUAGUCCAGCAAUGACUUUGCACUGGUAUUUGGGAUUCUCUUGAUGAUGGGAAUUCCCAGUUGUCCUACAACAACUCCUGUCCAUUGGGAACCUCCACAACCAGGUGUCUUAAAGGUAAUUUCGAUGGUUCAUUUCAUUGUACUACUUCUGGUGCCGGAUUUAUAAUUAGUGAUCACUUGGGAAGAACUCUUUUUGCUGUCACCAUUCCUCUUUGAACAAACUCCGUUCCAGUUGCGGAACUUACUGCUGCUUGUUGGGUUUACAAGUGGCUAUUUCAAGGUUAGAAGCUUAUUUUCUGGUGCUAUAGGGCGAUGCCUCAGUGGUGUCCUGGAUUCAAGGAGUAGGCCUUUCGGGCCACCCCUUCCUCAGAAACAUUGACCAUAUUGCCUCCUCUGUGUUGCACUUCAACAACCAACAUAUUUACAGACAGGAUAAUUGUUCUGUGGAGUGAAACUCAGUUAAGUGGACCUUCAGGCAGGAUCUCCCAAUUCCAUUGGCCAUUAUCUCUUCUUAGUGCUGCUUAUGCCUUUGGCAUUCAGCAUGUUGGGAUCUAGGGGAAGGCCCCUGUAUUACUUGUUUUUCUUCUCUGUUUGGGGGUUUCCCAACUCUGUACAGGGAAUAAAACUGAUUUCUGUUUUUCAGUUUGUCUCCAGCAUACUUAGGGCCUUUUGCUUAGGACCAUCCUGUCUUGCAACCGAUGCCUAAAGAAUUUUGCUUAUAACAGUUUACAUUGUUUAUUUUCUUUUGGCUUCCUUUAAUUUGUUCAACUGGAGAAUCAACAAUUUUAUUUGUUUAUUUUCUCUUUCUUGAUUGACUGCUAUUAGCUGAAUCUACCUUGCGUGGAAGCUUUCCCUUUUUGCAUUGUUUUGAAUCAGCAUUUGUUUCUGUUUGGGUACCCUCCAUAUUAUGAUGGUUCAGUUUAUGAUCAGAGAAGCUCUACAUCUCAUAAUAUAGGUACUUCUCACAUGGAGCCUUUUGUCCAUACACUUGAGAAUUCUUUGGGAACUGAGGAAAAGAUUCCAGAUCGGUGAAGAAAAGAAUUAAAAGUUUUAUAUUUUGGAUCCGUUGGCUUCAUAAGUGUUUAGUCAGCUGUGCCUGCAUGUUGGGUUUUCUCUAAACCCAUCAUUUCCUCCUCUCUCUCUUUUUUUGUUUUUUUGAUGUGUGUGUGUGUAGGGGAAAUUAUAACUAAAUAGCCCCAGCAAAAAUUUAAUGUUUCUGCCCCAUCUUUUACAGGAUAGCUCAUCAUAUAACCUCCAAAGGAAUGUCCACCUAUCUUGUUGGAUGAUUCUGAUGGCUUUGCUAGUGAAUGGCAUUAUAUAUGCAUACUAUGUUGGAAGUAAAAAAUCCUCAUCAUAAAUGAGUGUGUGUUCACCACCGAGGUGGUAGCACAGUUGUAACGAGGCUUUGUUUCCAACGGAGUGACCCAGGUUCGAAACACGUGGGUGUCGAUUAAAUAUGGGAACCGGAUGCCCCCCAUCUGGUUUGCUCGUUGGGAGCGCUACUGGUCCUCUGGUACUGAGGUGAUGCUGGGAUGACGUACUCAUACGCGGGUUCGCCCGUGCUGGUGGAGAGGGUAUGAGAAACUUUCUACCUGCAUCGGACAUUCCCUGGUGGAAGGGGGAAGGGGGGCCAGUUUAUAUUUCCCUAUUUUUUGAGAUUUUUUUCCUUUUUUGAAUUUUUCCUUUUUUAUUUUUUUUAAAAAAUAAAAAUAUAAACUGGACAGCUUGCUGGUCCGGUCUAUUUUUAAAGACAUCAAUUACCAUUACCCGGCCCAUCCUACUCUAAGGCUCCAUUUGAAAACUUGGAAUUAAGGAGAAAGAAAUUGAAUGGAAAGGAAAGUUAAAAAUUUUGAUGUUUGGGAGAUUUUUAGUGGAGGGAAAAGAAAAAAAAAGGAGGGAAUAGGAGAAAAAAUUUUGGGCUCCAAUUCUCUCCUUCCCUCAUAAGUAGAAAGAAAUUGAAACUUAAUAAAUUUUUUAUAAUACCUAUUUUACCCUUAAAUUAAAGAAGUACUAAAUUAAAAGGACAAAUAUAUCCUAGGGCAUCUUUUGUUUUAACCUUUUAUAUGUCAUCUCCAUCUCCGUAUACCCAUAUGCUGCACCUCUACUAAGCUCCAUCUCCACAGCUGCACUUUCAGCUGACCCGGUCACUCAUGACCCGAUCUGAUCCGAUCCAUUUGCACCUCUACUUAUAAGCAUACCCCUUUUAUAAUAAAGGUAUUUUAGUAAACAUGUUAAAAAGAUAUGUUUUUUUUCUUCUCUCUCCAAACUCUCAAAUGAGAGAAAGGAAAGUACUUUCUCUUUCCUCCUAAAACUUUCAAACAAGAGGAAAGAAAACUCCAUUCUAUUCCUUUCUUCUUCUUUUUUUUUUUCCUCCACAUUAAAGUUUUUCUUUCUUUUCUUUUCUCCCCAAAACUCAAAACUCCCAAACGGAGAGUAAUAGUUAUCAAUUAACCAAAAUAUACAACACAGAGUUAAUGAAUUAUAUUCAGCAGAGAUACACUACUUGCCGGUAUAUAUGCACACAGGUUUCCAACCACUGCCGCAAAGCAUCCAACCAGACCGCAGUCAGAAGACAAGGCAGAGAGAGAGAGAGAGAGAGAGUUUAAGGAUGGGAGCCAUCACGACCGCGGUGGUCGCCAUUGCGGCGGUGAUCCUAGGGUGGAUCACCAUCGAGAUCGCCUGCAAACCGUGCCUGGAGAAAGGCCGCAACGCCAUCGAUCGCGCCCUCGACCCCAAUUACGACCCCGAUUCCUCCAUCGUCCCAAUCCCGACCCCGACCCAGCCUCUCCUGGAUCCCAUUCCCCCACCUCCUCCCGCCGCCAAGGCUGUUUAGCGGAUCCACUGCUUAUUGUUCUUCUGCAACCAGGUGGAGCCUUUGCCAAGCAAGCAGUUGCAAACUGUUUGCUUGGAGGAUUUAAACAAUCCAGCUUGUUGUGAAAGUCUCGGAGAAGGUACAGAUGCAAUGGCAUCUAGAACAGAGAAUAAGCAUUAGACUUGAGUCAAUCUCACGUGUUUGCAAGGACAAAUACGCCAAAAUACAACAUGAAUAGAAGGCUACCUCAGCUGCAGGGUCAGAACAACAGGAAUCUCGGGUCUGCAAUAUAAGGAAAUAUAGACUCAAUAUGUGUCCAUUAAAUUAACUACAGAUUGUUCAAAACAUAUCGCUUCUGUCAUGUUUUGUAACUUAUCACAGUUGUAUUAAUAUGCAAACGCAGCUACCAGCUCAGCUUACAGACAAAUUACCUGGACCAAAGGACCCUGAUUAUAUUUUAAUGAACUGAAGGUGACUAUCAAGCUCAGAGCUCAGCACUUCACUGCAUGUCUCAGAUGUAUAUAAUCUGGUACAUUUGCUA